AUGUCGUUUUGGAAUUGUGAUGACGACGUCUUGUUAGAUGAAGAAGAGAAGGUUUACGAAGAGGAAGAAUAUCCUGAAAACGGAGAAGGCGACGAUUUCAUGCAAGACGACAUGCAGGAAGGUGGUGGAAAUGGAGAGGACGACGAAGGAGAUGACUUCGAAAACGAAAAAGACGAGAAUGAAAUUGAAGAAAUGGACCAAAGAAACGAAGAUGAUUAUGGGGAAAAUAAUGAUGCUAAUGAGGAUGAUGGUGAAGAAAACGGAAUGGAAGAGGAUCAAUAUGAAGAAAAAGUAGAAGAAGUAGAAGGGCCUGUUAAUGAAAAUGGAUUUGAGGAUUACGACCAGGAUAUUGGCGAUGAGAUAGACCCCGUCACUACCACUUCUACUCCAGUGCUCCAAUUCACGCUACCGAAGGACAAAUUGAACAGAUCACCACUCUGCUGCUAUCUCCUUCCUCCCUAUCUUCCUCUCCAACCGACCCCCCACUUCCCCAGUGUCCCCGGCCCGAUCUCGCUCCAGUCCGAGAAAGUCGCCAAGAAAGAAGCUUUUGACGUCGCCACCGUCGCCGAAGCAGAUGACGUGGGAGCAUCAGAAGACGUUGUCGGUGGUGGUGGAUCCGUCACGUCUUCUUCGUCGUCUUCAUCAAUUUCGACGCCUUCUGGAAUGCUAUUCGGUGGACUAUCCGUCGAAAUGCCUCCUUGA